AUGGCAGCCAACGCCGGUGGAACAAGGCAAAGACUUAACAAGGGAGAUAACCGGAGUGGACCGUUACGACGACGGUUUCCAAUCAUUGAAUCUCUAGACUUUGUAUAUCAACUUGCAGAAAUGAGAAGCAAAGGACAUGGCCAAAACAAGUUCGUGCGGUUCAUUACAGUUCCUUUUAGAGCGUUAGGCAAAGCUAGGGAUCUUUAUGUUAGAAGUUUGACAAGUUGUGCUUCAAGUGUCAGUUUCGGACAAGGCUCGGGCGACUACACAGGGCAAUACUCAGGCUUGCCGAGGAGUUUUAGUGCAAGCUCAGCAAUAUCUAAUGACAAUGAAGAUCUUAGAGAGCUUAUUAGAGCUGCAUCUGUUAGGAGCUUGGGUCAUGAGAAUGAGAUUGAGAUGUUUUUGCAAGAGCAAUUGAGACAGAUGAGAUCAAAAGGGUUGCCAAAGAGUUGCAGCGUGGGGAUGGGUAGAAUUGAUGAAGACAAGCCUUGUGAAUUUGAAGAAAAUGAAGCUGCUGUUGUUGAAAAGAAGAAGCAAGAUUUUUUGUAUCCCAGAAGCAAAAGCUAUGCUGUCACAAAAAGAAGUGUUUCUUUUGAUUCCUACUGA